GGUCCUGCCGCAGGUCGCCCGCGGUGCCGGGGAGCAUGGCGGCGGCCACGGUCGCGGGCCCCGGCAGGGCUCUGCUGCGGGCAGGCGGCGAGCGGCUGCUGGGCAGAGGCGUGCGGGAGCUGCUCCGGCCGCCGCUGGAGAGGGCCCCUUCCGGCCCGAAGCGCGACUUCAGCCUUUCUCACAGUCGGGGCACGGUCAUCGUGGAGCGCUGGUGGAAGGUGCCGCUGGCCGGCGAAGGCCGGAAGCCGCGCCUGCACCGGCGGCACCGUAUCUACAAGCUGGUGGAGGACACGAAGCACCGGCCCAAGGAGGACCUGGAGCUCAUCCUCACGCAGUCUGUGGAGGACCUUGGAGUCCGCGGCGAUCUGAUCUCCGUGAAGAAAUCCGUGGGCCGCAACCGACUCCUGCCUCAGGGACUGGCUGUGUAUGCCUCUCCUGAAAACAGGAAACUGUUUGAAGAGGAGAAAUUGCUAAGACAGGAAGGAAAAUUAGAGAAGAUCCAGACCAAGGCAGGUGAGGCGACAGUGAAGUUCCUGAGGAGCUGUCACCUGGAGGUGGGGAUGAAGAACAACGUCAAAUGGGAGCUGAACUCGGAAAUAGUUGCCCGCCACUUCCUGAAGAACCUUGGUGUUGUGGUCGCCCCACAUGCAGUAAAGUUACCAGAAGAACCUAUCACACGGUGGGGCGAGUACUGGUGUGAGGUGACGGUAAAUGGGCUUGACACUGUGAGAGUGCCUAUGUCUGUGGUGAACUUUGAGAAGCCCAAGACCAAAAGAUAUAAGUACUGGUUAGCCCAGCAAGCUGCCAAGAGCCUGGCCUCCACCAGCAACCAGAUGUGAACCUGUUCUUCCUCCAAGGCAACAAGGCCAAAUCUGAGGAGCAGUGCAACAAAAAUGGGCCAGCACCCUGACCUCACUCCUAACUCUGACCAAAUGUGGAAUUCAAGAGAAAAUGCAGAGACAUCAGACUCAACCACAUGCACACAGUGAGUGCUCCGUAUUUGCCAUUGCUGGAGAUGAGUGUUAGUCAACUGCGUGGAGCAGCUCAGAUCCUGUUCUUCCUCCUUUGGAGUUUACUGGAACAAACGGAAUAGUUAGCCGUUGUAACUGCUACUUGCCUCAGUUAUCGUCAUCAAAAUGAGCACUUGUAACCUCAAGCAGAAAUAAAGAGAUGUGCUCUUUUUA